CUCAUCCAUGGAAAUAAUAAAACAGUGCUCACCACUAUCAUGACCCCUGACGGGUGUGAUCAGGUUCAGGGCUCCUUUUUUUUUUUCCUUAAAUGCAUCUUCCACUAGUCAAAGUAAAAAGAUUUUUCCAAAUGGCAAUGAAUGGUUUUGCUUUUGCUAUCUUCCCGCUAAUCUUUUCUCAUUUUUUUCCUUUCUUGGCCAUGCCCAUAGCAUUUGGAAUUUCCCAGGCCAUGGAUUGAACCAGAGCCACAGCAGUGACAAGGCCACCAAGGAACCCCAUUAAUAGGUGUAGUCAUCAUUUCCAACAGAUGCUCUGCCUAAAACCUAAGGAAGCCGGACUCAUUUGGUACCAAUCUCUUUCCCUCGCUGGUCUCAUGUUCCUGCCAUCUUUGUGUCCCCAGUCCACAGAACAGAGCGAGUGCUCAUAAGUAUUUGUUCAACUGAAAAAGAAGCCAUCACUGCUCCAGGAGGUGCCAGGUGAGGAGAGGUGGAUGCAAGGAAGGAACUCAAAGUCUAAGGGCUGAGGGUCAGGAUGGGAGGGCCCCAGUCCCUCGCCCUCUGGUUUACUGCCUUUCAGGUCAUUUGUUUUCACUCCUCUGCAUCCGUGUCUAUCACUGUCUGCUGGCUGUCAGCCUCCUUCUAUCCCUUGUCUUGACCCACCUUUGCCAGCUCAGUGACAUCACUGUCAUUGGGAGGAGCUGUCACCCUCUGUGCAGCCUCACGCGCCUGCAACCUGAAAGACAAACACCUUCAGGAACCCGAUGAGCAUCACAAACAGAUAAGGCGGCCAAAGAGGCUGAAGCAGCAAGUAACCAAACAUGGCUAGGAUUACAGAGCACCACACAAGAAAGUAAAUGAGUUUCCCUCUCAAAAAACCCAAAACUCACCAAGGAGCACAGGCACUACAGCUUCUUCGGGAAUGUGAAGUGGAUGGGUGUUUUCACCUGAUUUCCUCUUCCUUGUCUUUAAAGUUUAAAUGAAGCUCUGCCACCCCACCCCCACCAGCGCUUCGGUCCUUAUGUCCCUCCUCUGCUGGACAACCAGGCAGGGCCCCAGGGCCUCCCAACUCAUGGCCCAUCCCUCUGUGACCUCAUUCCCCGCCCUGAUUCCAUGUGCCACUCUGUGACUUAAUCAAGAUAAGAUCUGUAACAGCUACCAAGCCCCAGAGGCCCCAAGGGCUCCGUUUCUUUUCAGGUCAGUUUGGUGGGUGGUUUUAGGGCUGAGCUCUCAGCAGAUCAUUCUUGCACCCGGGCCGGAGAGCCUCCUUCUCCAGAUACCAGUUGAUGGGUAUUUGGCAUUUUCGACUCCCCCCUUGAGUGGCUUCAGUGAUCGCUGUCCUGGGCACCUCGCUGCUGUUCUAGAGCGUGUCUGCCGCCCGGUGGGCCCAGGCUCCCCGCAGCCGAUGGGCAGCAGAGCCCCUCCUGCGCCACAGCUGCCGGAGCGGCUGGGGACUCAGGUGGAGGAGAAGCACCUGCUGAGCAGCCUGGCCGCGGCGCAGGCGUUGGCUACAGUCCUGCGGCCCUGCUACGGCCCCCAGGGGCUGCAGAAGCUCCUGGUCACCGCCAAAGGGGAGACGGUCUUCACGGGGUAUGCCACGGCCAUCCUCCGCGCGCUGCAGCUGGAGCACCCGGCCGCCCGGCUGCUCCGGGAGGCGGCCCAGGGCCAGGCGGAGCAGAGCGGCGACGGCGCGGCCUUCGUGGUGCUCCUGGCCCAGGCCCUGCUGGCGCAGGCGGAGGACCUGCUGCGGGCCGGCCUGCCGCGCGCCCAGCUCCGGGAGGCCUACGCCGCCGCGGCCGCCGAGACCCUGGCCCUGCUGCCUUCCCUGGCCAUCCGGUCCCUGGGGCCCCUGGAAGACCCGUUCUGGGCGCUGCACUCGGUGAUGACCACGCACACGCUGGCGCAGGGGGACCGCUUGACCAAGAUGGUGGCGCAUGCGUGCUCGGCCACGCGGGAGCUGGACGGCGCCUUCCGGCCGGAGCGCGUGGGCGUGUGCGCGCUGCCAGGGGCGCGGCUGGAGGACUCGUGCCUGCUGCCCGGCCUGGCCCUGCCCGGCAAGCCCUGCGGCCAGGUGACCAUGGUGCAGAGGGGCGCCAGGGUGGCCCUCUUGGCUUGCGCCUUCGGGCCUGCCCGCCCCAUCGCACCGGCCACCGCGCUCCUCUCUAGUCCGGCGGACCUGACCAAACUCCCGAAAGGCAGCGAGCGGCUGAUAGAAAAGCAGGUGGGCCAGCUGGCAGCUGCGUCCAUUAACGUGGUGGUGGUUUGGGGCGACAUUGACGAGGAGGCGCUCACGCAGGCUGACCAGCUCGGCCUCAUGGUGAUCCAGGUGAAGUCCCGGCGCGAGAUGGUGUACCUGAGCGAGGUGUUCGGCACACCCCUGAUGCCUUACCUGCUUCCGCCGCUGCAGCCAGGGAAGUGUCAGAGGGUGUAUGGGCAGGAGCUGGGAGAAGGGCUGGCUGUGGUAUUUGAGUGGGAAAGUCCAGGCACCCCUGCCCUCACCCUGGUCCUCAGGGGGGCCACCGCUGAGGGGCUCCGGAGGGCGGAGCAGGCUGUUUACCAUGGCAUUGACGCCUAUUUCCAGUUGUGCCAAGAUCCCAGACUGCUUCCGGGGGCUGGGGCCACAGAGAUGGCUCUGGCGAAAAUGCUCUCAGAGAAGGGAACCAAACUGGAAGGGCCCAGUGGUCCCGCCUUCCUGGCAUUUGCCCAGGCCCUGAAGUCUUUGCCCAAAACCUUGGCAGAGAACGCAGGCUUAGCUGCCUCUGACGUGAUGGCAGAGAUGAACGGAGCGCACCAAGCUGGGAACUUCCUGAUGGGAGUGGGAGUCGAAGGCACAAUAGAUGUGGCCCAGGAGCAGGUGUGGGACACCCUAAUAGCCAAGGCCCAAGGACUUCGAGCUGCGGCUGAUGUGGUGCUCCAGCUCCUGGCCGUUGAUGACAUUGUAGUCGCCAAGAAAUGCCCCACGCCCCAGCAGGACUUGAAUCCUGAUGCUGAGAAGCCAAAGGAACGCCCAUCUCCUGUGAAAAAAAUAAGUCCUUGGAAGAAAUAACUGGCAACAUCCUCAAUCAACUGGAAUUGCCAAGGAGGGCCGACUCACCCCGAAAACCAGUGUUUGCCUUAGCGAACUCCAUGUUUGGUGCUGUUUGAGUCCUUUCUUUAGAUAAACACAACGUAAAGAACCA